UGCAGCAUUUUAGCUCGUGUUGGACCAAUAUUGCCGCACGGUUCUAGAUAUUGCGACAUUCCGAGCCGCCUGGUCGAGUACUACAAGAAUCCGAGCGCGAAAUCACGCAUAACUGCGGGCAAAAGAGCUGCAUUGGUGCAGCCUGCUUGCAGCCUGCGCAAAAGAGCCUCGUACCGGUGCAACCGGCGCACGGAUGAGCAGCGACCAGCCGCCAUCACUCCGCCUCGAGCUCGCGGCAGCCACGGCCCAGUGGGCUGUGCGACAAGGUGCCGCGCUGCACGAGCAUCUGCGAUUGGAGGAGCGGGAUGGCCGGGGCAUUUGCUUGGUCGCAGCCGACGCCAUCGAUGCGAACGCAACAAUCAUCCGCAUACCUAGAACUCUGUGCGUCACGAGCGACGCCGCGCGAAAGGACGAGGACGUGCGACGCGUUCUUGGUGGAGACGCGCACGAAUCUUUUGGUGCAUUACUUUUACUGACGCUGAAACUGCUCCAAAAACCGGAAGGCCCCUACUUACAGUACUUGGAGCUUAUUGCGGACGCGACGUUACUGCGACCGCCAUCCAUCGGCGGGGGACCUCUACGGGAGGCCUUGUGGAAGGCGGUCCACGCCCAGGACCAGGCCUUCGACCAAGCCUUCGCGCCGACGUUGCGAGGCGACCCCUGCUUCGGAGGCGUCGACGCGACGUUUUAUGCGUUAUGUCGAAAGCUCGUCGAGACGCGCGCCUUCCAGCUCGAUUCAAAUGCCUCAUCUAGGAUCGACAGCGUGCAGGCCUUGGUUCCGGUCAUGGACCUCGUCAACUACGCCAGGGACUGCGGCACUCGUCUGGUCAUCGCGGACGACGUUAUCGAGUUGCGGGCGACAUCUAUCUUACAAGGGGAAAUCUGCUGGGACUACAGUGGACCUCAAAAGGCACCCCUGGACGUCCUGACGCAGUACGGCUUCUUCAGCACGGGCUUGAAUGUGAGGCACGUGGUCCCGUUGAGGUCCGAGGCUUUGGGUCAGCUCUUGGACAAUGCCUCAAUGGUUCCAAUCAUCGAGGGCGCCCGCGACACGAUGCUCCGGCGCCGCCGCGCCGUCGCCGUGCGGUUUUGUGUUGACUUAGAACAGCCCCCCAUCCUCGAGCAUCGACGCGAGGCGCCCUCUCAAAUUAUUUUCUGGGUCGACGCCGCGGACCCGCUGGCCUCGCCGCUUGCUUUAGCGCUGCGCGCGGCGCUCGCGGACGAUAGCGAAGUUUUUGAGCGAGAUAGGACGGUGAAAGCGUGGGUCGUUCCGAUCAACGCGGAGGCGACCGUCACGAGGGCGCUGCGCGACUGUGCGUUGGCUGUCGUCGAGGAGCUCUCCUCGGAUACGGGUCCCGUCGUCGAAUAUCAAAGAGAGCAGCUGUCGAAGUUGGCCGCGCGGCUGGCCUGAGACGCGCCCCCUCGACGCCGCCGAGGCGACGAGGCGCCUAGUUGUAGUAAUUUUGUCGUUAUGUA